GAGGGCUGUCCUCCAUGUUUUAAUAAGCAUUGACAUAACACACUGUGUUUUUUAGCCAUGCAUCCACAGAGUUUGGCUGAAGAGGAGGUGAAGGUGGAAUCGGAUGUGGUUGAGGGGAUGGAGAUCUCAACACGAUCCAGAGUUGCAGACGUGGGGACGGUAGAGAGGACUGCCCCGAAACGCAAGGUGCCCAGCCCCCCUCACUCCUCCAACGGACACUCUCCCUCAGAGUCAUCCCCCAGCCCGGUGAAAAAGAAGAGGAAACCAGGUGCAGUCAACAGCAGCAAAGACCAGUCUGAACUAAGACAUGGUCCCUUUUACUAUGUGAAGCAGCCAGCACUCACCACAGACCCUGUUGAUGUUGUACCGCAGGACGGGAGGAAUGACUUCUACUGCUGGGUGUGUCACCGGGAGGGCCAGGUGCUCUGCUGUGAGCUCUGCCCACGCGUGUACCACGCCAAGUGCCUGAAACUGGCCGCAGAACCGGAGGGUGACUGGUUCUGCCCCGAGUGUGAGAAAAUAACAGUUGCAGAGUGUAUAGAGACUCAGAGUAAAGCAAUGACGAUGCUAACACUAGACCAGCUCUCUUACCUGCUUAAGUUUGCACUCCAGAAGAUGAAACAACCAUGUACGGAACCCUUCCAGAAGCCGGUGUCUCUAGAGCAACAUCCCGAUUAUGCAGAGUAUAUAUUUCAUCCUAUGGACCUCUGUACAUUAGAGAAGAAUAUCAAGAAGAAAGUUUACGGCUCAACAGAGGCUUUUUUGGCUGAUGUAAAGUGGAUUUUACAUAAUUGCAUUAUCUAUAAUGGAGGCAAUCAUAAACUUACUGCGACAGCAAAAGUGAUCGUAAAAAUCUGUGAACACGAAAUGAAUGAGAUUGAAGUCUGUCCAGAGUGUUACCUCUCAGCUUGCCAAAAGAGGGAUAACUGGUUCUGUGAACCAUGUAGCAACCCCCAUCCCUUGGUGUGGGCAAAACUGAAGGGGUUUCCAUUCUGGCCUGCCAAAGCGUUAAGAGACAAAGAUGGACAGGUGGAUGCACGAUUCUUUGGUCAGCAUGACAGAGCGUGGGUCCCAAUCAAUAACUGCUACCUCAUGUCUAAAGAGAUUCCGUUUUCGGUGAAAAAGACCAAGAGCAUCUUCAAUAGCGCUAUGCAGGAGAUGGAAGUCUAUGUAGAGAAUAUCCGCAAAAAGUUCGGUGUCUUUAACUACGCCCCUUUUCGUACACCCUACACUCCCGACAAUCAGUUCCAGAUGCUUCUGGAUCCAUCUAACCCCGGUGCUGGGUCAGUCAAACCCGAAAAACAGGAAAAGAUCAAGUUUAGCUUCGAUAUGACUGCAUCUCCAAAGAUGCUUGUGGGUAAGAGCAUGCUCUCCAGUGGAAGCGGAGGCGGAAGCACGGGGCGGAGGAUCUCUUUGACGGAAAUGCCUCGCUCUCCAAUGAGCACUAACUCAUCUGCCCACACCGGCUCAGAUGGAGAGCAGGAAACAGCAGAGAAAAGCCAGGCCAGGGUUCCACUCUCUCACUACAGCACCGGGGAGGAGUCUUUAGACUGCACAGCAUCACCUGCUCCUCCAAGACCAGGCCUGACAAGUAGUGCCAUGGACAGCCCCAAGCCAUUCCACUCUCCUGCUCCCAGUACUGUUGUUCCCAAACAGGAGAAAACCUCCGGCACCGGGAGCAUCCUUAAUCUAAACUUAGAUCGUAGUAAAGCAGAGAUGGAUCUGAAGGAACUGAGCGAGACUGUCCAGCAGCAGCAGCAAGGCGCUCAGCCUGUCCUCACCUCCCCCAAAAGACAGAUCCGCAGCAGGUUCCAGCUCAACCUGGAUAAAACCAUAGAGAGCUGCAAAGCCCAGCUGGGUAUAGAUGAGAUAAGUGAGGACGUUUAUAAAGGUGUGGAGCACAGUGACUCUGAGGACUCAGAUAAGUCUGACUCCAGCGACAGUGAGUAUGCCAGCGACGAGGAGCAGAAACCAAAGGCCGGCCAGGACAGCAACGCUGACGAGAAAGCAGACAAGGACCCCGCCAAGAAGAAACCCAAAGGGUCUCCGUCUCCUGACGAGGACAAGGACGGGAACGCGGAGGCCGAUACAGCGGGUGGAACGGUCAAAGGGGAGACAGCUCAGAAGCCAAGCACGGCUGACUCCCCGGCUAAGGAGACGCAAAGCGUCGACCCCGACAAAGAGCCCACCGAGAGGCCCAAAGGUUCCUCUCCGCCAGCGGCGACCAGAGAGAAGCCCAAAACGCCAGAAGACGGCAGGAAGCCCUCCCCGCCAGGGGCGGAUGUGGACUCAGACUCAGAGAGAGAGCUUGUCAUCGAUCUGGGCGAGGACCAAGGGGCCAGAGACAGGAAGAGGAGCAGAAAAGACCUGGCUACGGCUGCCGCCCUCAAAGAGUCCGCAGCUUCAAAGACCGAUGGUAAAGCCCCUACAACUGUAAGUGGCCUAACCCAACCUCAGAGCACAGCAGCCCUAUCAUCCGCCCCUAGCAGCAAAGACUCAUCUCAGUCCCCUAUGACUAUCCCUGUGAACAUGGUCUCCUUCACCGCUGCUCCUACCACAACCUUCCCUUCCUCCACCUUCCCUACCUCUACACCCUCUGCCACCCCCAGCUCCACCCCGACCAACACCGUGAAGAAACAGCGGCCCCUGCUCCCCAGGGAGACGGUGCCUGUGGUGCAACGCGCUAUGGUCUGGAACCCCGGGACGAAGUUCCAGACGUCCUCUCAGAAGUGGCACAUGCAGAAGGUGCAGAGACAGCAGCAGAACCAGCAGCCGUCCGCGCAGGCACAGAUAAUGUCACCUCCCCAGCGCAGUCAGAACCAGCAGGCUCAGGUCUCCUCCUCUUCCUCAGCUCAGCAGCCUUCCUCCAGCACGCGCUACCAAACGCGACAGGCUGUCAAAGCCGUCCAGCAGAAAGACACUCCACACAGUACAUCCACAUCAGCUGUUACCCUGGUGACCACCACGCCCGUGUCUGCUGCCGUGAUGGCGGCUCCUGGAAGCACAGUUAGCGGCUCUUGCUCCUCUUCAUCCGUGACGGGAGACUUCCAGAUCCCAACAACCUCUGCAGAUGUAGCAGCAGAUAUUGCCAAGUACACUAACAAAAUAAUGGAUACAAUCAAAGGAACAGUGACCGAACUGUACAAUGACCUUUCGAAAAGCACUUCAGGAAACACAAUAGCAGAGAUCAGACGGCUGCGAAUCGAAAUCGAAAAACUUCAGUGGCUGCAUCAACAAGAGUUAUCAGAGAUGAAGCACAAUUUAGAGCUGACCAUGGCAGAGAUGAGACAGAGUCUAGAACAAGAGAGGGAGCGGUUAGUGGCCGAGGUGAAGAAGCAAAUGGAAGUUGAGAAACAGCAGGCAGUAGACGAGACCAAAAAGAAGCAGUGGUGUGCCAACUGUAAGAAGGAGGCCAUUUUCUAUUGCUGCUGGAACACGAGUUACUGUGACUACCCCUGUCAGCAGGCACACUGGCCCGAACACAUGAAGUCCUGCACGCAGUCAGCAACGUCCUCACAGCAAGAGCCCGAGACAGAGUCGAGCACAGAGGUGUCAAACAAAGCGACAGGGCAGCCCAACACAGGCCAAGAUUCACCCAGAGAUGCCGUCACAGCCGCACCCACAGACAAGGACUGUGACGUGGACAAAAACAAGGACAGUGUAACUGUCAGUCUGUCAUAGUGCAGACACCCUUCCCCAUAUGUGACAGCACUUACACCUGUAUCGAUUAUGUAUAUAACCAUGUUCAAAUUGUUCACUACAAUGACCUUUUGUUUUGUUUUUUGUUUUUAAAUUGAAUUAGCAUUGGUCUUGCCAAGUUGUGGUUUUGGCACAAUUCGAUUUUUUAUUUUUGUGUCAAAAACUUAUGUUUUGCCCUGUGGCCAUCUUACCAUUUCUUUUAAUGUGUCGCUCAGCACAUGUUUAGCAUUGAGGCCUUGCAUUAAAACUACUACUGGGUGGUAUUUUGUUCUAGUCUUAAAAAUAAUUACUGCUGUUUGCAGUCUCUGUUCUUUCUUUAUAUGUGAGUU